UAAAAGCCACUUGUGUGGACCUGAAGACUGGCACCACAGCUGCUGCACAGGGACAGACAGGGACAACUAGAUGAAUAAAAAUUAAGAUUUUGCAUAUUUAAAUUUACAACCAAAGCAGCUCUUUUAGCUUGCCUGUUUCCACAAACAAAGGCCUUAUUGAGAGAGAUCAGUAAAAAUGACGAGUCUCCUGUGUGUCUUGAUACUCUCCCUGACCGUGGCAGGCAGCGUGCACAGUGAGGUGACGAGCACUCCCUCCCCGCUACCAGUGAAGGUUUUCACUGAUUUAGGCUCCAGUGUCACCUUACCCUGCUGGCACCAGGCCAACUCAGACCUGGCUGCCUUUGGUAACUUUGGAAUUCGAGUCAAAUGGACCAAACUAUCAGAGGAUGGAGCUCUGAAUGAGGAUGUGUUGGUUUCCAUGGGAUCCUUAAGAAGACUACGGCACAUUAAGGACCGUGUCUUUCUUCAAGAGGUUGAGAGCGAAGACGCCUCAUUAAUGAUAACUGACAUCUCAAUGGACGACAUGGGGACAUACCAGUGUGAGGUCAUCAAUGGCAUGGAAGAUAGCAUCCAAGAGGUUACCUUAGAGGUGGCAAAGUGCGUCAACAGAGGUAUUGUGUUCCCAUAUUUUCCUCGCUUGGGCCGUUACAAUAUGAACUUCCAUCAUGCUGUGCAGGCCUGUGUAGACCAGGAUGCAGUGGUGGCCUCCUUUGAUCAGCUUUUAGAGUCCUGGAAGAACGGCCUGAACUGGUGUAAUGCUGGAUGGCUGAAUGAUGGCACAGUGCAGUAUCCUAUCACCAAACCCAGACAGCCUUGUGGAGGGUCCAACAUUGGUCCUGGUCUGAGAAACUAUGGCCAGCGUGACAAGAACAUGAGCCACUUUGAUGUGUUUUGCUAUGCUUCUGUGCUCAAAGGUCAUUUCUAUUGGCUGGUCCAGCCUCAAAGGCUGAAUUAUGAUGAGGCUGUACAGGCCUGCAAAGACGAUGGUGCAGAGAUCGCCAAGGUAGCGCACAUUUUCGCUGCCUGGAAGCUUGAGGGCUAUGAUCGGUGUGAUGCAGGCUGGUUGGCAGAUGGUAGCGUCCGUUACCCUAUCUCCAGGCCGCGUAAAAACUGCAGCCCGACAGAAGCUGCUGUGCGCUUUGUUGGAUUCCCCAACAAGAAGCAAAAGCUCUACGGUGUCUACUGCUACAAGGCCCAGCAGUGAAGGACGCAAGAGGAGGAAAGGAGUCAUAAGCAC